UAUUAACAUUUAUUAAAAUAUAGUUACAAAGUUAACUCUACAAAAAAUUUAUAAUGGUUGUGAAACUAUACGGACAGGUAACUGCAGUUUGUCCACAAAGAGUCUUGCUUUGUUUUCUCGAGAAAGAAAUUGAGUUUGAGAUUGUUCAUGUCGACCUUGAUACAUUAGAGCAGAAGAAACCAGAACAUCUUCUUCGUCAGCCAUUUGGUCAAGUCCCAGCCAUAGAAGAUGGAGAUUUCAAGCUUUUUGAAUCCAGAGCCAUUGCGAGAUACUACGCGACCAAAUACUUGGACCAAGGCACGAACCUUUUGGGCAAGUCACUAGAGCAUCGAGCCAUCGUGGACCAGUGGGCCGACGUGGAGGCCCAUUACUUUAACGUUCUGGCCUUCCCCAUUGUGCUUAACCUACUCAUUAAGCCCAGGUUAGGCGAAGCAUGUGACGUCGUUUUGGUCGAGGAGCUGAAGGUGAAGCUCGAGGUGGUCUUGGACAUAUACGAGAACCGGCUUGGUUCGAACCGGUUUUUGGCUGGUGAUGAAUUCACUAUGGCUGAUUUGACGCACAUGCCGGCCAUGGGGUACUUGAUGCGUACCGAUGUAAACCGGAUGGUUAAGGCUCGAGUGAAUAUGAACCGGUGGUGGGAAGAGAUUACCGCUAGACCGGCUUGGAAAAAGCUUAUGAAGAUGGCUGGUUUUUGAAUUAGCCUUGAGUCCAAACCAAAUAAGCGUUUCAUAUUUUCUGUUUUAAUCUAUUUGUCAGAGUUUUUUACAUUUCAGUAAUAAAAUCAAUUUACUUUUAAAGUUUAAGCCAC